AUUAAACCUACUGCUAGCGCAUGGCCUGUUCCAACGAUCGACCUCGGCUGCCCGAGGCAUGUGGCUAACCCACGCACCGUUGUCCGGUUAUCGUUUUUUAGACUGCUACAUCAAUAAGCGUUAUCUCCAAAGGCGUUAUUAGACUUUUGCUCCCAAUUCUCAGGACUUCUGUUCAGUUCUUGACUUCAUCACUUAUCUACACACAAUCCUCACCACCAACCAACAACUCCUUCAUAGCCCCAUACCCCUCAGACUUAGUGGCUGCGCCCUCUUGGAUCUCAUACCAUCAUCGUUCACACACACAUACAAACACUACGGACACAAACCGUCACAAUGGCUUCACCACAGAAGAUCCGAACCCCUAUCACCGAUCUGUUCAAGAUCCAGCACCCCGUCAUGCUCGCCGGCAUGAACGUCGCCGCAGGACCGAAGCUGGCAGCUGCCGUUACAAACGCAGGAGGACUGGGUGUUAUCGGAGGCGUCGGCUACACACCAGAGAUGCUUAAGGACCAAAUCGCCGAGCUGAAGCACCAUCUCCACGACAAGAACGCUCCCUUUGGUGUCGACUUGUUGCUGCCGCAGGUUGGUGGCAAUGCGCGCAAGACCAACUACGAUUACACCAAGGGUAAGCUCAAUGAGCUGGUUGACAUUAUCAUUGCCGAGGGCGCCAAGCUUUUCGUCUCAGCCGUCGGUGUGCCGCCCAAGCACGUCGUUGAUCGCCUGCACAAGCACGGAAUCCUCUACAUGAACAUGAUCGGCCACCCCAAGCACGUCGCCAAGUGCCUCUCGCUCGGCGUGGACAUCAUCUGUGCCCAGGGCGGUGAGGGUGGUGGCCACACUGGCAGCAUCCCCACCACCAUCCUCAUCCCCUCCGUCGCCAAGGCCUGCCAGGGCCACAAGUCGCCCUUGACUGGCGGUCCCGUUCAGGUCGUUGCCGCCGGCGGCAUCUUCAACGGCCAGACCGUUGCGGCCGCUCUCAUGCUUGGCGCUAGCGCCGUCUGGGUUGGCACACGCUUCAUCCUUACCCACGAGGCCGGCGCACCCGAGUCCCACAAGGAGGCUGUCCGCACCGCCAGCUAUGACGACACCAUCAAGACCGUCAUCUUCACCGGCCGUCCGCUGCGCGUCAGGAAGAACGAGUACAUCCUCAACUGGGAGAACGAACGCCGGGAUGAGAUCAAGGAGCUGACCUCCAAGGGAAUCCUCCCUUACGAGGCCGACCUCGACAAGCUUAUGGGCGGUGGUGACGGUCCCAACUUUGACAUUGCCAGCGGCGAGGCCAAGGGCAAGGAUGACAAGAAGCCAAAUGUCGAGACUGAGGAGGACGUUGAUGUCGACGAGCUUAUGGACCAGUUCAGGCCGUUCCUGAUGGGCAAGUGCGCCGCCGUCGUCAACGAGCUCAAGAGCGCCAAGGAGGUUGUCGACGAGCUGGUCAACGACGGUGCCGCGUGCUUGGGACAGGGUGCACAGAUGGUCAAGGCCAAUGCCAAGUUGUAAACGAACCGAAAAACAAAAAUGACCUUUUUCUUCUGAUGAGCUGUGUUAUCCUUUAAUGCCCCAUGCCAUUUUUAUUAUGUAUAUACCGCUCAAAGUCUUUCGGUUCGGCUUUCCGGUUGGUUGGUAGAUAUCUGUCUGGCCUGUAACUGUAUAGCUCUAGGUGAUCAUGAACAAAAUCCAUUGAUACACAUAUUUCAAACCGAAGC